UUAUAGCGUAAAAGUCGCGAGUGCUCCUUCAAUAUUACACAUGCAGUGCUUCAUAUUGAUCAGUUUGUCGUCUCUGAUACUUGGAUGCGCAAACGCUUUACUGUGGAAACGAAACCGAGAGAACCAGCCAACGAACACGUUUUACGGAAAUACCAAUUAUGGAUGUGAAUGCGGCAAGAAAAAUAUAUUUCAACCAGAAUCCAGAAUAAUCGGGGGACGAGAAGCUAACGAAAAUGAAUUUCCUUGGAUGGCAGGUAUCAUGAGCGUUAAUAGAUCGUUAAUGAUAUGCGGAGCGUCAAUCAUAAACGAUCGUUAUGUGGUAACAGCAGCCCACUGCAUCCCUUAUGGUUUCGAUAAAAAUGACCUGAAAAUAUCUGUCGGCACUCACAGUUCGUGCAAGUGGGGUAUGAGAACUACGAUCUUUUCUGUUGAGGAGAUCUUCCCUCAUCCAAGCUAUAACAGUCGAACAAACUUCGCUGAUAUUAUGCUGGUUAAAUUGGUGAUGAAGAUUACAUUCAACCAAUUUGUCAGACCAAUUUGUCUGCCGAAACCUGGAUUCGACGUAGUUUCUCGAUUCGGAGGGGAAUCUGUAUCUGCACUUGGCUGGGGAUUUUCAGAAGAUAACUCUUUAUUUAGUAACGAUUGUGGUCUACGUGUUGUUGAUUUAACAUUAUUUACGAGAUCGGAGUGUCCCACUAGUGUAUCGGGUUUAAUCUGCGCUGGGCAUAUGACAAUUCCACGCGGGACUUGCGGGGGCGAUAGCGGCGGUCCUCUUCAGAUUAUAGACGAGAAUUACAGACACAUUUUGAUAGGAAUCACUUCAAACGGAUAUGUAUGCGCCAAUGUGAACUACCCGGAUUUCUACACGGAAGUCGAGCGAAUGGUCUCAUGGAUAUUGAAAACAACAAAACGCGACUCCAAAUAUUGUUGGCACAAUUGGUUGAAGGGAGCCCUUAUAGAAUUUAUCGUCCAUAUCUUCGUAAUACGAUUUAACGUGCUCGGGGUGUCGCGCCUCAGUCAUCGCAGCUCGCCGUUCUCAGCAAGUGAGACCUCGCAGAAGAAGCUUACGGCGAGUAUGAAGCCCCGAUUGAACCUGGCUGCGAUCAGCGUCCUGCUGCUGAUCCUAGACGCAGCACACGCGCGGAAUCAUCAGCUACUGAUACGAGUGAACACGGAGUGCGAUUGCGGAAUAUCGGGAGGGAUAUCGAAUCGUAUCGUCGGCGGCACCAUCACAAUCCCGCACUUGUUUCCUUGGGCCGUGGCGAUAUUCAACAAAGAUGAGUUUCACUGCGGCGGCACUUUGAUCAACAAUAGAUAUGUGCUCACAGCCGGCCAUUGCGUCAGAUGGACAAACCACGCCGACCUCUCGCUCGGCUUGGGAAUGCACGACGUCGAAGGUACGGACGAGGGAUUUUUAGCUCAGAUCGAUAAAGUGAUCCUACACGAGAAUUUCGAGAGCGACUAUAUUCACGAUACGAACGACAUCGCUCUGAUUCGACUGCGGGAUCCAGUGAAAUUCGAUGAAAAUGUGAGACCCGCGUGCCUACCGCAUAAAGGUUCCGAUUAUACAGGACACAAUGUCCAAGUUAUCGGCUGGGGACGUGUCACCACCAAAGGCGGCGCCUCUAGAUUUCUGCGUCAAGCUACCCUGAAAGUUAUGUCUCAUGAAGCCUGCAGGAACACUUCGUUCGGCGACCAUGUAACGCCAUCGAUGAUAUGUGCUUACAACGACGACACCGAUGCCUGUCAGGGUGACAGCGGAGGACCUCUUUUAUACGGGAGACCCAACGGAAAGCACGAAGUGAUCGGUGUAGUUUCCUGGGGUAUUGGAUGCGCCAAGCGUGGAAUCCCGGGUGUUUACGUGAAGAACACGGAUUACUUGAAUUGGAUUAGGUACAAUAGUAAGGACGCGGUUUACUGCGCGGAUAGCUAAACGAUUAGUAUGUUUUCCUGUAGCGAACAUAGACAGUGAGUAUAAAUGAAGAAACGAUCGAGUGUAAUAAAUCAUUCACAAACUGCAACAAGAGAUGAGAAUUAAUAAAUUGGGUCGCGUACAAAUGAAUUAAGGCAAAUACGUUGCGGUUGAAAGAAAUCUGAUAGGCAAGGGUAAACGGUUUUGGCCAUUUGUUAUUCAUCGGAGCAAAUGUUUCAAGCGCAAUAUGACUGUAAUCGUUUAUUCGGCUUCCGAAUCAAAUACAAUAUCUCAUGCCUUGUACAACCUAACAGUUCCCUAAAGCGCGAUAAGCUUAACAUUAUCGAGUCACGGACGAAACGUACGGCACGAGCACUUCGCUUUAGAUAUUAGCACGGUCCGUAACAAUCGCAAUUUUUUAUACGUCGUUAACGGGUCAGCCACGGUAGGCGUUUUCAAUCUUAUUUUAUCAUUCGCGUUAUUACUUUCGUUGUACGCUGACACUCAUCGAUGUCGACACAACGACAACGUUGUACGAUAACACUCCGAUCGUACGGCAGAACAGUCGGGCAGCUGAUUAAAAA